AUGACAUUGCCUAACGCCGGCGCGAGUAGCUCAUUCGCCGCCAUGAUGGAGGAUCCGUUCGUCUCGCAGUCUGGGAACUCGGGGAACUCGGGGCAGCCCGCCGCCACCCGUGAAUCGCACCGGUAUUCCUCUUUCGAUACACAACUCUUCAGUCUAAAUGCUUCUUCGCCCGCACAGGCCAAACGGGCCCUCGAGGCCCAUCUGGCGGAGACCGAGCGCCGACUGGAGGAAGCCUCCAAGUUGGGAACGGCACUCAUUGACCAACAGCGCGAACUCACGGAGCAGUUGAAGGAGGUGGAGCUACAGCAGGAUGAAGGUGAAAUGGGACCGGAGCUGCGUCAACGACUGGCCGACUUGGAGCGAGAGUAUACCGAGAUUGGUCGGGAAUCUGCGCGCGCCUUUUUGGCUCCGAAGCGGUUGGCAGGAGGCUCGGAGGAUCCCCAGCUGGGCACUCCAGGGUUCGAUCAAAAGUCUCCCCUCAGCCCGGCUCUUUUCGCUAGCCAAGCGACCAACUCUCCCAGCAAAGUCAGCGUCCCGUCCCGCAAGCAGCGUAAUCAACCAUCCAGCCGUGUGCACGAUAUUGAAUUCGCCACUGAGAUUUCGACCUCUCUUCUUGCCCAAGUCCGUCAAUUGCAGGCGCUUCUUGCGGAGCGAGAGGAGACUCUGAAGUCCGUCAACCUGGAGAAAUCCCGGUUAGAGAUCGAAGCGGAAGGUUAUUCUCAGCGGAUUCGUACCCUAGAUGACAGCGAGCAGCGGUACAAAGAUGAGAACUGGGCUUUAGAGACGCAAAUUCAUGAGCUCAUGGCAGCUGUUAAAGAUGCGACGGAGCGUGAGAGCAGACUCAACAGCAGCCUGAGCACCUCGAAUUCGGAGAAAAAUGCCGUGGAAAGGGAACUGGAGGAACUGAGGCAAGCCAAUGCGAAGCUGUUGGAGGACCAGACAAUCGCGCAGAAGGCGAAUGACUCUGAAAUUCACCUUUUGCGCCGAAACUUGACGGCUGGUGAUGCAGAAAAACUUGCUCUUCAGAAAAAGCUCGAGGAGUUGACCGGCCAGAACCAAGAGUUAGCGAAGGCGGUUGCCAUGCGAAUUCGUCAGUUUGAAUCGCAAGCGGCCCGAGACCUGCCAGACGACAAUGAUGGCGAAGAGCCGGAGCAGACCACUCCCGACAAUUCUCCCCCACCGUCUCCCAACAAGUUCACUCCUCGGCAUAACCACCUGGAGUCCGAGACUCUGAAGAGCUCACUCGGCCAUGCCCAUCGUAUGAUCCAGAACCUCAAGAGUACGAUUCACCGAGAGAAGACGGAAAAGAUCGAGCUUAAGCGCAUGCUGCAAGACACCCGGGACGAGCUCGAGCAACGUCGCCGUGAGACCAUCCCACCCAACGGGUCCACCAAGCGCUUGAAGACCAAGGAGAACUCAUUCCGCAAGCCUGCUCGUCCAGAUCUUCUGGGUGCUGGCCGCAAGGAAAAAUCCAUGGUCGAGCUGGAGAUUCAUGAUACUGAUUGGGAAGACAACGCUGGCCAGGGCAGCCCAACUCGAUCCAUAAUGGCCAGCUCCGCUAGGAGCCGUUCUGGUGCCAUUCCUCCUGAUGAGCCUAGUGACAGCUACCAGAGUGCUACUGAAACCGAAGAUGGAUUCGAGACCGCAAACGAGCGGGCGGCCGCAACUGAAAGCGAAGCCUUCCAGACCGGUGUCGAAAGCAUGGCUGAUGACAGCAGUGACGAUUCUGCUGAUCUCACGGAGACCGAAACCAAUUUCCAGACAACUCCCCGCAACCGCGUUUCGUCAAUCAUGAUGGCCAAGGCCCGCGAUCGUACCUCGUACCACAGCACAGCUUCCGCCACUUCCGACGAAGAUGACACAGAUGGAGGAUUCCCCUCACCCAGCCAAAGCCAUAUCUCUGGUCGUCGCGUUAGAUCGAAGCGGAGCGUUCUCAGGCGGAUUCGCCCGUCUGGAGAGGCUCCGAUGGCAUCUAGCAGCCGUCCAUCUAGUGCACGCGAGUCCCCCGCGCCAAGCUUCGAGGAGCAGCCUGUGGCUCAGGAGGGUCAGAGCCUCUUUGCUGAGCUUGCUGAACUGGAGGGUGGUGACGAAGAGGACGAAGGUGUUACUACUUCAUCCCAGGCCUCAACGCCUCGCAUGGGUCCUUCAUUAGGCUCUCGCAGACCCUCUGAGGUUAUGCUUGACUCGCUGCCCAAGCCGGUCAUGGUUGAUUCUGGUGUGAUGACUGAUCCUUGGGACUCUAGUACUCCGGUUGCUGCUGCCACUGGAGCAGCUGUAUCCGCUGUCUCCGAUACCCCCACUACUCCUCAAAGAGGCGUGGGCCGUGAAAUCGCCACGGAGUCCGAGGAGACACCCAAGUGGGUCAGCUCGGGAACCCAGUGGACACCACUCAAGCCCGUGGCUGGGGACGGUGACCAUUUGGCCAAUGUUCCCACGCCCCCGAAGAUGGCAUGGGACGAGCGUGCAAUAGAAACCCGGCUCGUUGAGGCUGGUACGCAAGCUGAGCCAGCCCAGAUGGGUAUUGCGGCCGUCUCUUCUCAAGAAACCCUUCCCACUGUGCCUAAGUGGCCAGAGCCGGCUAUUGCAUACCUUCCUGGUGGUGUUACCGAUCCCGUGAAGCACGAGCUCCCUGCUCCCGAGAUCCCUGUGAUGAGCUUCUCCUCAAUUACCUCAGAAUCAACAGAGCCUGUCAAGGCGGUUAUUCCCGAGCCGGAAGCCUUGGCUCCUGUAGAGUCUGUGCGGGAGCCUCCCGAGUUGUCCUUGUCUUCUCUUUACACCUAUUCCACUGAGCCUAUUCUGGCCCAGCUCCCUGAACCUAUCGCUGCUUUUGAGGAGGUUGUCAUUCCCGAAUUAGCUGUAUCGACUAUCUUUUCACAGCACACUGAGCCAGUGCAGGCCAAGCCUGCUCCGGCGCCGGAGCCGAUUAUGCUCCCUGCGCCUGUGCCAGAGCCGGUCCUUCCAGACCUAUCGAUCACUAUGCUGAACCCAGCAUUCACAGAGCCGGUGAAGGCGGAACCUGCGCCUGCGCCAGAACCGGUCCUUCCAGACCUGUCGAUCACUAUGCUGAACCCAGCAUCCACAGAGCCGGUGAAGGCGGAACCUGCGCCUGCGCCAGAACCGGUCCUUCCAGACCUGUCGAUCACUAUGCUGAACCCAGCAUUCACAGAGCCGGUGAGGGCGGAACCUGCACCAGCGCCAGAGCCAAUCAUGAUUCCUGCGCCCGUGCCAGAGCUGGUUCUUCCAGAGCUGUCCAUCUCGUUGUUAGAUCCAGCAUUCACAGAGCCGGUGAAGGCGGAACCUGCGCCUGCGCCAGAGCCAAUCAUGAUUCCUGCACCUGUGCCAGAGCCGGUCCUUCCAGACCUUUCGAUCACUAUGCUGAAUCCAGCAUUCACAGAGCCGGUGAAGGCGGAACCUGCACCAGCGCCAGAGCCAAUCAUGAUUCCUGCGCCUGUGCCAGAGCUGGUUCUUCCAGAGCUGUCCAUCUCGUUGUUAGAUCCAGCAUUCACAGAGCCGGUGAAGGCGGAACCUGCGCCUGCGCCAGAGCCAAUCAUGAUUCCUGCACCUGUGCCAGAGCCGGUCCUUCCAGACCUUUCGAUCACUAUGCUGAAUCCAGCAUUCACAGAGCCGGUGAAGGCGGAACCUGCACCAGCGCCAGAGCCAAUCAUGAUUCCCGCGCCUGUGCCAGAGCUGGUUCUUCCAGAGCUGUCUAUCUCGUUGUUAGAUCCAGCGUUCACAGAACCAGCCAACCCUAGACGGGUUGAAGUUCUUCCUCUCCCUACCCCCACCAUCUCUACCCUGCAAUCUGUGGAAACGCCGCCGGUUGGAUCUGUGGCGCGUGUUAUUCCUUUCAUGAGUGACUUCGCUAUCCAGACGGAUCCGAUAGAGGUAUCGAAAGCUACAGCGGCGGCAGUGGUCAUUCAUGACGGUAAGCAGGAUGAGUCUAGUGACCCAACUCACGGCCGUUCUAGUACCACUACUAGCGAGAGGAGAACGAGCACUGGUUUGGCUCUAAGUGACUUUUCUGGCAACGCAUUACCUCUGGACUCAGGCAGACAGCAGCCCAGCUUUGUCAGCUCCGAUCAAGGCUCCCAAACCAUUCUCUCUUCAAAGCAAAUCGAUCAGAUCCUCAUGGACCGGGAAUCUCGUUCCAUUUCUUCAUCAGACAGCAAACAAACAAUGGAGAUGGCUGCUGCUGGCGCUGCGGCAGGAGUCGCUGGUGCGUCUGCCUUCGCCACCCCCAAGCUCAGGCCUCGCCUUCAAGCACAAUCGUCUGCUAAAUCAGGAGCAUCGAGCCAAAUACGUCCUGAUACUGCCACCAGCCAGACUUCUACUCUCAGUAUUUACCCCCCGUUGCCAGCUGGCCACCGUGAAGCCAUCGCGGCUGCCGAGAAGCGGUCAGUUGAUAUGCCCCCUACCCCGUCACCCGGUGUGAUGGGACCUCCUCUGGCGCCGGCCUCGGCCUAUCGUAUGAACGUCCAGGCUGCCCCGCGCACACCAAACGACCAGAGCACAGGGGCCGGGUCAGCACGAACUGUCUCCACCCAUGCCGGCGUAAGGAGAGGAAGUCAAAGCCAGAUGUCAAGGCGGUCAUCAGUGUCGUCGUUCGCCUCUGAAUUAGAGGAGCGAUUUAACAUGAACCCCUAUUCCGGGCCUAUGCCUCAAGGCUACGGGCCUGGUACAGACCCGCGCAUGAUCCAGGCAAUUACUCAGACCAUGAUUGGCGAGUUCCUCUGGAAGUACACCCGUAAGACUGGUUCGUCAGAAAUGUCGUCCACACGGCACCGACGCUAUUUCUGGGUCCACCCUUAUACGCGGACAUUAUACUGGAGUGAACAGGACCCGCAGACUGCGGGCAAGUCUCAGCUUCGGACUAAGAGUGUGCCUAUUGAAGCCGUGCGUGUAGUUGCAGACGACAACCCGUAUCCUCCGGGUCUUCACUGCCGGAGCUUAGAAGUCGUUAGCCCUGGCCGUCGGGUCCGCUUCACUGCCACAACUAGCCAACGACACGAAACUUGGUUCAAUGCUCUGUCGUAUCUGCUGCUUCGAGAGACUAACGACAACUGCGAAGAUCAUGAAAACAGCGUGACUCUGGAUGAUAUCGAUGAGUUCAACCCUGGCUUCCGAUCUGCCUCUCGCCAGGCGGCCCGGAUGUCAUUAUCAUCGUACAACAGCCGCACCCUUCGCCAGCCGCCCAAGCAGCAGCGUGCAGCCUCAGCUAUGUCCAUGCGCUCGACUGGAGGAACCACUGGGCGCGCAUCCCCCGCGCUGAGCUCCCCGGGUCCCAAUUCCUCGUUGCAGGUUCCUGAAGACCCUCCCCAGCGGUCCUCGUCCCGCUUCAGCACAAUCCUCAACAGCUCCAUUCGCGGGUCAAUCGCCAGUCUGAAGGGACGCCACGGACAGGCAGCCAGUGUGCACAGCGAGAGCAUCCGCGACCAGACCAGCGUGGAGAACCUUGCACAAGAAGCCGAGGACGAAGAUCGGCUCGAGAACGUCCGCGCCUGCUGCGAUGGCAAACAUGAUGUGGGCUCGCUCUCGCGCAACAGUCGAUACAGCCCGAGAGUCGACCGCAGCCAUUCCCACCACUAA